AAUGGAUUGCGAACCAAAACCGUCCAGUUCUAACGAAACAUUGACCGAACCAGAGUUAGAGAAUUCGAUAGAAUCUUUGAAAAUAAAUGAACAAUUAAAAGAACUACUAAAAGAAAAGGGAUUUAAGAUCAGCGAGAUAUUAAAGAGUAAACCGUCAAACUUGAAAUCAGAUUUGGGUAUAACAGCUAAGGAUGCUCUAUUAAUAAUCAAUGCUGCCAAAGAUGCGGAACCUACCAGUUCGGAAAAAUUUUCAGUAGCUAGUCGAAAUGCUCUUGAUAUGAUUUAUGAUGCUCCCAACGCCAGUAUACUAACUUUCUCUAAAGCUUUAGAUGAUUUGCUAGACGGGGGCAUUUCAACUAAUUGUUUAACUGAGAUAGUGGGAGAAUCUGGAUGUGCUAAGACCCAGUUCUGCUUGCAAAUUGCGGCUGCUGCAACAAUACCUCAAGAAAUGGGGGGUUUAAAUGCAUCCACAAUAUAUAUAGAUACACACAAUGGAGUAUUUAUAGAUAGAGUAAAGUCAAUAACUCUUGGUGUAGUUGAAAAAUGCCACAAAUCGGCCAGGGAAAAUCAACUAGAUAUUUCAAAAGAAUUAGAAUCUUAUACUCUUGAAAUGGCUCUAUCAAAAAUUCUAAUUCAAAAGCCAAUAAGUCUUCAACAGUUGAUGAUUUCAAUAGGUCGCUUAGAAGAAUUUAUUAAAUUACAUUCGCAGGUGCGUGUGAUAAUUAUCGACAGUAUUACUUUUCCCAUAAAAUAUGUUGUCCAUGAUAGUGAAGAAAGACUUAAAAUACUUCUUUCUAUCCAUGCAACUCUAAGGGAACUAUCACAAGAUUAUAAUUUAGCGGUUCUCUGGACAAACCAAAUGACUACAGGGCCUAAUAGAGAUUCUGUAGCUGCGUUAGGCGAUAGUUGGGCUCAUGCAUGUACCCAACGUCUAACUUUUUCCAAAUUAAACGACGACUUUCAAGCAAACAUAUGGAAAAGUUCAUCAAAUCAAGGAAACAGUAUAGUUUUCAAAGAAGAAGGUAUAAGAGACGCAGAAGAAACUUAG